AUGUAUGGGUUGGAGUGCGGUGUGAGACAAGGGGGCUUGACCUCGCCUCGUCUAUUUAACCUGUACAUUAAUGGGCUGCUUGCCGGUAAGAAAGUUUAUACUAAUGUUCCACCUUUACAUCUUGGUGGCACUGCUUUAAGAAGAGUAGAACGGUGUAAGUAUCUGGGUCACUGGGUUUCAGACAACCUCAGCGAUGACGAAGACUUGGAGCGAGAGCGCAGGGCGCUGGCCGUGCGCUGUAACAUGCUGGCCCGAAAGUUUGCAUGCCUUUGGGUUAAGUAUACGCAGCGCGCAUACAGCGCUCUGAGAGUUCAGUACAACAAUGCAUUCAGAGUGCUGUUCGGAUUGCCGCGCUACUGUAGCGCCUCCGAAAUGUUUGCUGAGAGGCGUGUUGAUAGCUUUUAUGCUAUUAUUCGCAAGAGGAGUGCAUCUGCGCUUCAGUGGUUACGAACUAGCUCGAACGGCAUUCUGUGUGCACUGGCUGACCGCUGGGACUCGGAAAUACUGCGCCACUGGAUACGGCUACAUGCUGUCUAA